UUCUAUCUGUGGCUUUCCCAAUGCAAACUAACAAAUAAAACGAACUCAUAAUCCAAUCUAAGCACUAAGCAGAAAGAAGAUGCCUUGGAGCAGACUCUCAGGAUCGCUAUCUUCUCCCAAAGUGGAUGUAGCCAUUGACAUGGGAAAUCCAUUUCUCAACCUCACCGUCGAUGGUUUCUUGAAGAUCGGAACCGUCGCUGCCACGCGCGCUGCUGCUGAAGAUACAUAUCAUAUUCUCCAAAAGGGAAACAUUUCAAGUCAUGAUUUUGAGAAAACGUUGAAGAAGAUGUGUAAAGAAGGUGCAUACUGGGGAACUAUAGCUGGCGUGUACGUUGGAAUGGAAUAUGGAGUAGAGAGGAUCCGUGGCACCAGGGAUUGGAAGAAUGCCAUGAUUGGGGGUGCAGUAACUGGGGCUCUGGUAUCUGCGGCCGGCAACAACAAGAAGGACAAGAUUGCAAUAGAUGCCAUUACAGGGGCAGCAAUUGCUACUGCUGCAGAAUUCAUAAAUUACCUUACCUGAACAAUGAAAAUGAAUGCCUUACUGGUUUUCUUGCGUGUUUUGAAAGGGGAUUGCACACUCGGUCUCUAUUUUAAUCAUCUCUACUUGUUCGAUAUAGAUAUUGAUGCAUUUACUUCUAAAAUAUGCUUUUUAUUUAGCUUUAUGUUUAAUC